AUGGUGUUACCUAUGUUCUCUACACAAUUAGAUUUGGAGAUAAAUAAACUGUCAAAUGAGAGAAUAACACAUUCAAGUAUAUAUACAGAUAUGAUAAUAAAAAUGAACGGAAUAAACUCAUUGUUACUACAGAAAGCUCAAAGCAAUUAUAAAUUGACAAGAUUAAUAUGCUUUCUGAAUCCGGAAGGGCCCAGAAAAAUUUUGAAAAAACAUAAUUUUAGCAAAGCUAAUUUAAUUGAGUCAACUUCAAUAAAUGGCAAAAAACAUGGAGAGAAAAUGGAAUAUUCCCAUAUUGAAAUUUGUUUAAAAUUUGAAAAUCCAGGCAAUUAUUUUAUUAUCGUUUUCAAUCAUUUUAAUGUUGGAUGGCUUCAAUUCUACGUUAAAAUUAAAAAAGCGAAAGAGGAAAAAUGUGUGUUCAAGAUGUUCAAGAAAAUUACUGAUUUUGAUAAAAAUAUAUUGAAAGAUUUGAGACAACGAAUAGGAAUCUAUUUAUUACAAACACAAGUAGAUGAUAUUGAAAAUGGCGUAAUGAAUGUAUAUACUGGAAAUUUGUUCGAAAAACAUCCCGAAACAGAAUAUGUUGCCGCAAUGUCUCCUUUGCUUAUUGAUGGAAGUUAUGAAUUUUACUUGGAUCGGGAUGGAAUCACUAAAGAAAGAAUGAAGAUUGUUGAGUUCUAA